AUGGGCCCUAUUGGAAAUUGCCAAAUUAAUCCACCCUCAGGAUCUGAAAUUUUCGUCAGUCGUAUUCCGCUGCAUUAUACAGAAGUAGAAUUAUUUAAAAUUUUUUCAACCGUUGGAAAUAUUUUUAAACUCAGAAUAAUGCUUCGUGAAUGUAGAUCGACGUUUAUGUAUAACCGAGGAUUCGCGUAUAUUACGUAUACAACCCCAGAAGCAGCGGAAAGAGCAGUUAAUGAAAUCACCGCACAAAAUAAUAAAUACACUGGUAAAUACUUAACUGUUGAAUUAUCGCAUGAUAAUUGUCGAUUAUUCGUCGGUGGUAUACCGGAACAUAAGACCAAAGAUGAAGUUUGGAAACAACUUUUAAUGUCGGGAUUUGAAGGUAUCGUUGAGAUUAUCAUGUAUAGAGCGUACACCAAUCGGACUGUAAACCGGGGCUUCGUUUUUGUUGAAUUCGAAACACACCAGAAAGCUGCCCAAGCUAGGUAUUUGUUUCAAAACUUGAAAUUGUGGGAUACCAAGUUAACCGUGAACUGGUCGACGCCCUUACCAAAACUUGAUUCAGUCACUUUAGCUAAUAUAACGAAAUUGUUCUUCAGAAACAUGAGUGUAACUGAAUUACUGGAAGAAUUCAAAGCUACCUUAACCCAUGUUUUAGAUGGAAUGCCAUUGAGGAAGGUGUACAAAUUUAAAGAUCAAGCUUUUGUACAUUUUUAUAAUCGCAAUGAAGCAGAAGAAGCAAUGGAGAAAUUAACAGGUAAAAUUACUUGA